AAAAUCCAAAUGGUCACAUUUUAACACUUUGAGACAAUAAUAAACAAAACAUGUCGGGACAGCCAGUCAGAGUUUUGGCUUGUGGAGACGUUGAGGGCAGACUGAACGCUCUGUUCAAUCGAGUCCAGACCAUCCAGAAGAAAACCGGACAGUUUGACCUGCUGCUGUGUGUCGGGGAGUUUUUUGGGACGACGGCAGAGGCUGAAGCAGAGUGGCAGCAGUACAAAACUGGAGCCAAAAAAGCUCCGAUCCACACCUACAUCCUCGGAGCAGCGAGCCAGGAGACGGUGAAGAAUUUCCCCGGCAAUGACGGCUGCGAGCUGGCCGACAACAUCACGUAUCUGGGUCGGCGCGGCGUGUUCUCGGGCGUGUCCGGGCUGCAGAUCGCCUACGUCAGCGGUCAGGAGGCCACGCAGGAACCGGCCCCGGCUCACUGCUUCACAUCCAAAGACCUGUCGGCCCUCGUGGCCCCACUGACCAGCAGCUCCAAGUUCAGAGGAGUCGACAUCCUGCUGACGUCACAGUGGCCCCGAGGAGUGUGGCUCUACGGAAACACGCCGGAAGUGAACACAAAGUCGUGUGGGAGCAGCUCCGUCGCCAACCUCGCCGACAAACUGAAACCGCGAUACCACUUUGCUGCGCUGGAGGGCGCUCACUACGAAAGACUCCCGUACAGGAAUCACGUUGUUCUCCAAGAAAACGCUCAGCACGUCAGCCGCUUCAUCGCUCUGGCAACCGUCAACAACCCCGCCAAGAAGAAGUAUCUGUACGCCUUCAACAUAAUCCCCAUGAAGACGAUGGAUCCGUCAGAGCUGGUGAAGCAGCCGCAGGAUGUCACAGAAAACCCGUACAGGUCCUCCAAAAAAGACAAGAUGGACAAACAAAUGAACUUCAGCACCACAGAGGAAGAG